ACUCAGCUCAGGGCUCUGCAACUUCAAAGAAAGAAACAAUGGUCUCUAAAUUCAUGAUGGGUUCCUGCAAAAUCCUGCUAUGCUUAAUCCUCCUUUCUUCCACCCAAUUCUUCUUUGUGAAUUCACAUGAAUUUGAAGUUGGUGAUGACAAAGGCUGGGCUGUUCCCUCUUCCAAGAAUGAUGAUUUCUAUAACGAUUGGGCUUCAAAACAGAGGUUUCUAGUUAAGGACACUGUUUAUUUCAAUUACAAGAAGGAUUCAGUGUUGGUAGUGACUGAUGAUGAGUAUGAUAAAUGUCAUUCUUCACAUCCAAUCUUCUUCUCCAACAAUGGUAAUACCACCUACAAGUUGGAUCGCCCAGGCUUGUUUUACUUCAUCAGUGGUGUUACUGGUCACUGUGAGAGAGGACAGAAGUUGAUCAUCAAGGUGUUGGAGUCUUUUAAUUCUCCCCCACCACCGGCCGGCCAGAAUGGGAAUGGGUCUUCAGGUUCCAAUGGCGCAGUUAAUAUCCCAGCUGCUGUUGCUGCUCCAUUUGUAAUUUCUGCUAUGGUUGCAUUCUUUAGUUUCUUCUAA